AUGCCAUUCAAGCCCUUUAAGCCGCCGCUUAUUCGAAAACCACCUAAUGUCCCAGCGCAGCGGCUAAGCUCAGAGUCCGACCAUCAGCACGCAACGAAGCGGCGCCGCAUCAGCGACGAUUCGAUCGAUUUGACCGAAGAAAAGGCGAAGCCAGAGGUCUCAGUGGAGAUAACUCAGCAGGCUACAAAACUCGGGUCUAGCUACCGGAAACCGUUGACGUUGGUGAAUAAUUCGCAUCAUGUACCUGAGAAGCUUGGGCAGCAUGGAGUCAAGGCUGAUGAUGAUGGCGGGACGGAAGCCUACUAUAAUGUUCUUUGGCGGAAAUUUACGGCAAAGAAACAUAAAACCUGGGAUGGUGAUGGGAUUUUGACCCUACGGGGCGGCUACGCCUAUCUCCAAGAUAUCUCGGGACGGGACAUGGGACGAAUGAUGUUCAAUUCUACACUCGAACCGGGCUCGAUGUUAUCGGUUGGUGGGAAGGAUGUGGAAGUUGAAUCGCUACUCUCCAAGGAAGAAUAUCUGUCCGGUCGCCCAUUUUUGAGCGUGAACAAGAGCACCACCGGCACCACAUCGAAAAAGCAACCUGAAUUGCCACGAAUGGCGCCAGUUCAUAUUUCGCGCAGCACUUCUAUAUCUGGUUCUAAACCUAUUAAUUUCGCUACGAAACUUAAGGUAGACAGAAAAACAGCCGACGAGGUUGCCCCAAAAACGCUCAAUGUGGCGGCACCGAAGAGCAUGGCAAUGAACAACGCUUUCAAGAAUCCCCUGAAAGAAGAUACUGUUUUGCCGUCAAAGCCGAAUAACGUUCCCACCCCACGCCAUGACCCGAAUCAGCCGGGCGCAAUCGUAAUGAAACGUCCCACAUCAGUUCCAAAGGAAAAGCAGCUUGUUGAUGUUGUUAUUGACCCCCUCCUGGGAAAACAUCUUCGAGAGCACCAACGUGAGGGGGUCAAAUUUCUUUAUGAAUGUGUAAUGGGGAUGCGUCCUUUCAAUGGCGAAGGUGCCGUUCUUGCGGACGAAAUGGGCUUAGGGAAAACCUUGCAGACGAUUGCUUUACUUUGGACUUUAAUGAAGCAGAACCCAAUUCAUGAGGCGCCACCAGUUGUCAAAAAGGCUCUCAUCGUGUGUCCGGUUACACUUAUAAAGAAUUGGCAAAAGGAAUUCAAAAAAUGGCUAGGAAAUGAUCGGCUUGGUGUGUUUGUUGCGGACGGAAAACACAUGAGACUGACGGACUUUACGAUGGGAAUGAGUUAUAACGUGAUGAUUAUCGGUUAUGAAAGACUGCGUACAGUACAAGAAGAGCUAACCAAGGGUCGCGGAAUCGAUAUCGUCAUUGCGGAUGAAGGGCAUAGGUUGAAGACUGUUCAGAAUAAAAGUGCCCAAGCAAUACAGUCGCUUAAUACCGCUCGACGCAUUAUCCUUUCCGGAACACCGAUUCAAAACGACUUGAGUGAAUUCUUUGCAAUGGUGGAUUUCGUCAAUCCUGGGCUCCUAGGCACUUUCAAAAUGUUUAUGAAAGAGUUCGAAGGACCUAUCGUCAAGUCUAGACAACCAGGGGCAUCGAGAAAGGAGAUUGAAAAGGGGAAAGCUAGGAGUGAGGAGCUAGCAAGUCUAACGUCCUUGUUUAUCUUGCGCCGGACCGCAGAUAUUCUUUUGAAGCACCUCCCCCCUAAAACUGAAUAUAUUCUGUUUUGCAACCCGACUCCCGCUCAGGCCAAUAUAUACCGACAUGUACUCGCCUCUCCGAUAUUUCAGUCAGCACUUGGAAACUCGGAGACUGAAAAUUCGAACUCUACAAUUAGCUCCCUCCUAUCGACGCUCCCUCCUAACCUUCUUCGACACUUUUCACCCGCGUCGAGUGGGAAAAUUCGCGUUCUCGAUCAACUCCUACACAACUUACGCAGUACUACAUCUGAAAAGGUUGUGCUGGUGUCGAACUACACGUCAACCCUCAACCUUCUUGCCGCCCUCCUAACUUCUUUAGCCCUUCCAUUUCUGCGUCUCGACGGUUCCACCCCAGCUAACAAGCGCCAAUACCUCGUUGAUGAUUUCAACCGUUCAUCUUCCAGUUCUUGCUUCGCAUUUCUUCUCUCCGCAAAAGCUGGUGGAAUUGGGCUCAAUCUCACGGGCGCCAGUCGCCUAGUUCUUUUUGACGUAGACUGGAAUCCGGCAACAGACAUCCAAGCCAUGGCACGAAUACAUCGUGAUGGACAGAAGAGACACUGUCACAUUUACCGGAUGUUGCUCAGAGGAGGACUAGAGGAAAAGAUCUGGCAGAGACAGGUCACCAAGAUCGGUCUAGCGGAUAGCGUGAUGGACCAGAAAGGUGGUAUAGCGCACUUUUCAAGAGAAGAACUGCGAGAUCUAUUCAGAUUAGAUGAAGAGACAGAAUGUCAAACACAUGAACUUCUGGCGUGUGAGUGCGGUGGACGGGGCAGAAAUGCUCAUAUAGCAGAUGAAGAAGCCAUUGACAAUGCCGGAACCUUAGCCGAUUCCGACAGCAUUACUGGAGAUAGUGAUGAUUCAGCUGAAUCCUCAGAUAUGCCCGCACUCAGAAAGGCAUCCGAACUAUCUAUUCAACCCUCAGAACACAAGAGCAAGCGCGCCAUUAAAAAGCGAAACGCGAAAAUGCGCUAUCUCAUGCAAUAUUCCCAUAUCGAUACAUCUCUUCUCAACUCCGACCAUAGAAAGGCUAUAAAGGAACAGAUUGCCGACGAAGUACUCUGGUCGUUACUUCAAGACGAAGGAAACGGAGUGAGGUAUAUGUUUAAAAGGGAUGGAUUUGCGGAUCUGGCUGCAGAUCCGACCGCUGUUCGAUAG